AUGGCUUUCAACUUCAACUGGUCGCCGCUGAUAGCCGACACGUCGAGGGCGCGCGAUAUGCUGACGACUGCCCUGAACAAAUCGCCCAAGCCGCCCAUCAUCGUCGACGACAUCAUCGUCACCGAGUUGAAUCUAGGCACUACCCCGCCAGAGCUCGAGAUACUAGAGAUUGGUGACUUGGCCGAGGAUAGGUUCAGGGGCAUAUUCAAGAUGUCGUAUGCUGGGGACGCGUUUCUGACGCUGAAAACAAAAGUUCAGGCAAAUCCGUUGAAGACAUAUCUCUCCAACAAGCCAGACUUUGCUUCACCACAGCCACUGGCAGCAUCCUCGGGCUUGACCAUACCAUUGCAAAUCACUCUGUCCAACAUCCGGUUAUCCGGUUUUGUCAUUUUGGUUUUCUCUAAACAAAAGGGCUUGACGCUGGUCUUCAGGAACGAUCCUCUCGAGUCACUAAAAGUCUCUUCCACAUUUGAUUCCAUCCCGUUUGUGCGCGACUAUCUGCAGAAGGAGAUUGAGGGGCAGUUGCGUGUGUUGUUCAUGGAAGAUCUGCCAGCUAUCAUUCACAGGUUGUCACUACGCAUGCUAUCGCCCGAGUACCAAGAGAUCGAAACAGAAGAGCGGCUAGAAGGCGCCAACGACACCACCGCAGCCAUUGACCCUCUCGCAUCGCCACCACAGGACGCCGUUGAUGCCUUUGGCAACCCACUGGACGAAGCCCAAAUCUCUGCGUUGUCGCUCGACUCUGGCGAGAUCCACGCCUCCUUCUCCCAGAAGAACAUCCUCCGCCUAGCCGCCCUCUCCGAAUCGCAACGAACACUAUCCCUCUUUACACCCGGCAUACGCGAUGCCGUCUUCCGAGCAUGGGCAGGUCAUCCAGACAGGCCCGAGUCUGGUGCUGCUACACCAGCCCUCACACAAGGCAGUCUGUCGAGAAUACAGUCGACGUUUGGCAGCCUCAAGUCUGGCGCAUCAUCAGUUGCAUCUGGCAGCACAGGCAACGAUACACAUAGCUCACGACCUACCAUGGCAUCGGCAUACUCGACUUCUGCGGGGCUCAGUCUUGGCUCAAGUCGUUCUCGCACUGGUGGCAUGCGGAAACGGAAGAAGCGUGUUGUUGAUCUACGCAAGAAGGAGGGCGUUGACUCUGGCGUAUCGACUGGAGCCAACACACCGUUAGAAAGCGCCUACGCAUCCGAGACAUCGAGUGUCAUCCCCGAACAGAGGGAAGCAGAGGAGGAACUGGCUACCCCACCAAGGAGCCCCGCACAACCUGGGAUGCGCUUCGAGAGCAGACGCGGCAGUCUGGACAUUGGUACACCGAAACGGAUACCUGAAGAGCCACCUGCGUUUGGCCCUCUUCUCGCUCCUGCGCCGGAUUUCUCUGACGCACCCAAGCCACCCAAGUCCACCAAAUCGAAACAAACAACCCCGCCAGCCGUUCACCUCGAAGACCCAUUCGUAUCCCACACGUCUUCCAGACGCCCGCCGAUCUCGCGUAACAGACUACGACAAGCACAGCAGUCCACGUCGCCGCUCCUACGCUCCUUGUCCUUUGACAAAGUCUCGUCGCUCUCGGCUCUCUGCUCGCCACCGCGCACAUCGUCACCACCCAACGCUGACGUCAUCUCCGGUGGUAUUCUCGAACAAGCCUGGAUGACAAAGAUGGCGCAGGAGAUUGCGAGGAAGGUUCAAGAGGAAAAGGACCGGUCGUCUCGUCGGCCUUCGCAUGCAAGGACCAAGACUGCGCCCACAGGAGGUUUCUGGCAAAGUGACGAUGAGAUUGAAGCGCCGCCUGCUUACGUUGCGUAA